UCUGUGCAGAAUGCAGAAGUGAGAAGGUGAUGUGGCUGCAAGCGAUACUGCUCUCAGCUCGAGCGAUGAGGAAGUCUCACCACACGCACACAGGUAGCAAGAACUGGCAGCCACAGUGUGAAAUUGUAAUCUGAAGGUUAACAUGUCUGUGGAUGGGACCGAGCUGCUUUUUGAGAGCUUUCUACAAAAAAGAAAAGACACGGUGAAAAUGAGAUGGGUCACAUACUGGUUCAGGCUUCAAAACACAACCUUGUUCUUCUACACUAAGAAGAAUGGAAAUGCUUCGAGCUUGAGAGGAUUUUACUACAUAUACACAGUGCAGUCAGUGCGAGAGGUCCAGAAAGCUGACAGGAAGCGCUUUAUUUUUGAAAUAACCAUGACAAAUGGGAAGAAAAAAGUGUUGGCAGCAGAGACGGAGGACCUCAGGAAGGAGUGGGUGAGAUGCCUCUGGCAGGCCAUGCAUCUCUCUGCCUCCACGACCUCCGUCUCUGAGGGCGCACAACUUGAUGUGUGUGAGCAGCGAGAAAGACUACAUAGCAUGGCACCCAUCUGCUCACACCGCGAAAGUGUCAUGGAGGAGCUUCCAAUUCGGCCCCUCUCUGCGCCCCCUCCCUCUGACUACAUCUACGCACAACCCCAUAAAAUCUGCCCCCGCACCAAAGACACCUUGCAACCCAAAGACACCUGGCAACCCAAGGAGACCUCUCAGCUCCAAGACACCUGGCAACCCAAGGAGACCUCUCAGCCCCAAAACACCUGGCAACCCAAAGACGCCUGGCAACCCAAGGAGACCUCUCAGCCCCAAAACACCUGGCAGCCCAUAGAGCAGGACAACGAGGAAGGCAUUUAUCAGAACACAGGGAAAGCCUACCAGAAUCGCAACGAUGACUGUCCCAGCGAUCCCCAGUGGUCCAGCCAGAUGAGCAGUGCAGAAGCCGGACAAGAAGGACACUAUGAUGUUUUGCCUAUUAGAAACAGGUUGUGUAAGGCGAACCGCUCAGCAGAGGCAGAAGAGGACGUUUACGAUGUCCCUGCGUUCUACAGACAGACUGCUGAAUGUCAUGAGAGUGUCUAUGAUGUGCCAAGCUCACUCCUGAGAACCAUGUGUGAUCACACCAUAGACGAUCAGCCAGAGGAAGGAACCUACUGGAAUAUAUGAGGUGUAGUUUCAGAGCAUCGGUGGAGGCCGGCAAACUCACCAGCUUUGGAUUGGAAGACCGUCGCUGCUUCAUCUCUUUAUCUUUGUGUUUCAGUUUUAAAUGAAACUAAUCGCGUCUUCUACUCUGGUUUAUUUUUUUCCCCCAACCGACUCUACACAAUGAGAACUUUUAACGUGUGCUGCAAUAGUUUGUUUUGAUGCUGGUAUGUAAAGGCAGACAGGCAGUAAAAACUGCAUCAGUUCUGUGAAAUGCACUUGCACACAGUUUCAUUGUAUCGGUUGCAGCCAAAGGAAGGAACUAAGUGGAUGAUUUGAGCUGUGGUUUCAGAACAUCAGCACAAGCAGCUCCACACGCUGUCAACCUUGGGAACUGUUCAU